AAGGGAAGGUACAGCACUCCAUUGACCCUCAACUUUAUCCGGGGCCGCAGGGAAAUGUUGAAUAACGGCUGACACACUCCUGCCUCGUCGUUUACUCAGACCGGCACGCUGCUCGACGACCGGACGCCCUCGGAAAGGAGUUUGGGGGCUUCGGACUUGAUUUUCACACGACUGGCUUCCCUUUGUGACACCAUUGGAGACACCCCGCCCGACCUUACAGCAUAGACUAUACAGCAAACACCAUUGAAGCGGCCCAUAUCGGUCCAAACUCAGGACCUACUCCCAGCAGCACCAAAGUCACAUCACCAACCAUGGCACCCGACUCCGCCGCCGCCGUCGCAGCAAAAGCAGCCGCCAUCGUCCCCGAAGCAAUCGAAGCCGCCAAGCGCAAAGCCGCCUUCGCCGCGGUGAAAGCGCACUUCACCUCCACCAUGUCUUUCGUAGGGAUCGGGUCCGGAAGCACAAUCGUCUACGGCGUGGAAGCCAUCAAAGCGCAUUUAGAAGCCAACCCUCCCCCUCCAGGCCAUCUAAACUGGUUCAUCCCCACAGGCUGGAACUCGAAGAAAGUCAUCGAAGCGGCGGGGCUAAUGCCGCUUACGCUCGACUCCGUGCCCGCAAACGCGGAGAUAGAAGUCUGCUUCGACGGCGCGGACGAAGUGGACGAGGAGCUGAAUUGCAUCAAAGGCGGAGGCGCGUGUUUGUUCCAGGAGAAGCUGGUGGCGCUGCGCAGCAAGAAAUUCGUGUGCAUUGCCGACUACCGCAAAGCGCAGCGCAGACUGCUGACGCAGUGGCCUACCAUUCCGAUUGAAGUGGCGCCAAUCGCGCAAGCGGCGGUGAUUAAGGAGUUGCGCGCGCUCGGGUCGGCGAAUCCGGUUCUGAGGGAACAUACUUUGUCUAAGACGGGACCUAUCCAGACGGAUCAGAGUUUUUACAUUGUCGAUGCGCCUUUUAAGACGCUGUUGACUGCUAAGGAUGUCGCGAGGGGUGUUGGCAAGGGGCAGGGGGAGGAUGGGGUGUGGGAGGUGAAUACGCUGGCGAGGCGGAUCAAGGAUAUCAACGGGGUGUUGGAGGUGGGGUUGUUCCAUGGGGUGAAUGGGGAGGAGGCGGCGAAGUUGGGGCUGCAAGGGGGACAGAAGCCCGUGGCGGUGUAUUUUGGGCUGGAGAGUGGGGAGAUUGAGGUGCAGCAUUACUCGCAGACGCCGAAGUGAGGAGGAGAAAAGCUGGUGAUAGAUGAGAUGCAUGUAGAGAGUGGCAUUCAACCACGCCA